UAGAGUGAAAGACUUCAUGUAAUAUGACACUUUUAGAAAUAUAAUCAAAAUGUCUGAUUCUAGUUCAGGAAGAUUUCGAGCCAGAAGGCGAUUAUUUGUUGGUGGUCUGUACAAAGGAGUGACAAAAGAUGAUUUAAGAAUGAAAUUUAAGCCAUUUGGAGAUGUCAGCAAUAUACAAAUAAUUGAACGUUUUGUGCAGUGCUUUAAAAAUUAUUUGAACAUUAUUCGUUUUGAAUCUGUAUAUACAUUCUCAAGCAAACUAGAUUGCCAUUAUAAAACGUUUGCAUACCUUGAUGUACUGAUGUUAGAGAAGAAUUUUCAAAAAUGUUUAUCUACGUUCAAUGAAUGUAGCUGGAGAGGAGAGACAAUGAGAGUUGCAAUGGCAAAGGAAUAUUAUCUUGACAGAUUAAGAAGAGAGAAAGAAGGUUUUCAAAAUCAAGAUUUAGUCACACCAACAAUAACAAUGACAUCCACUGUUGAAGAUAUGAAAUCUGCCAUUCCAGGUACACAAAUAAAAAAUAAACCUAACUGGAUUAUUGGUAAGUACGGCCGAGCGUUGCCUGUCAUGUUUUUACGUCGGAAAGAUGGUAAAAAGUUAGGGAAGUUUGACCCAUCAAAAACCUCUCAUUGCUUAAAAAAAAUUUCUGAAAAUGAACAAAGUAAACUUGUGGAUGAGUUGACAUGGAAUCUUUUGGACGAGACUGCUUUCUAUAACUCGGAAAUAUUAGCUAAAAAACGACCACAUCCAUAUCCAGAAGAUGAAAAAAAUCAUUCCAAAUGUCUCCAAUUCAACUCUGAUGUAUAUAUCAAUAGAAAAUCGGCCAUAAAAUGCGAUAUGUUAGGAAAUGCAAAUGAUGAUGAAAAGGAAAAUUAUGGAAUAAACCAUGCUCUUGAUGGCGGAUUUGAAUCUGAGAACUGUGAGGAUUUAAGCACGGAAAAAUGCGCAAGUAAUAAUAAUUCUCAUACUUCAAACAUUUCUUCUCACGAUAAUGAAAGAUUUCUCCAUGGCGAAAAUGAUAUUUCCAAGUUAGUUGAAAAAAGCAUCAACAAACCUUUGAAUAUCUCUCCAAGUUGUACAAAAACUGAUUCAAUGGAAAACAACAUGUCGAGAAAAUUAAAUGAUGAGAAGUUAGCGUCAUUGACAAAACACGGGAAAAAGAAAGUGUCCGAUGAAAGCAAAUAUUUUAUAAUAAAAAGACAAAGUAAUAAAGCUAGACUGGAAACUUUGGAAGCAAGAAAAGAAGUUCUAAAAAGCCAACAAGAUAUCGUCACAAAUGCGCUGCUUAAAGUCGAUUCGGGGUCCGUUGAAGCGAAGAACCACAUAAUUUUUGACAAUGAAGAAAGCACUGAUCAUGUUGAUAUAAAUUUUGUUAAAGCACAUCAUGGACAGAAAGUUGUAGGUUCUAAAGCUCUUUCUUGGCUUGGGAUGGAGAUUUCUGGCAAUGACGAGGAAAACAAUUCUGAAGAAAAUAAUCUUGAAGACAUUUUCCAGAAGAAACAUUUUGAAGGAAGAUCAGGCGAAAAGCUUAUGGCAAUGCAACAAAGAUUUGGACACGACAUGCGUUUUAAAAUGGACGAACGGUUUUUGGACAGUGAUGACGAAUCGAAAUCAGAAAAUGACAUACGUAUGGGCGAUGAUAUUGAUGAAGAAUUAAAGCAGGAAAAGCAGUUAUCGUGGAAAGUACUUCAUGAAGUAUUGGGUCAAAAUUUUAUGACGAUCGAAGAUGAGAAAGAUAUAAGAAAUGUUUAUCGUGACUCCAUCGAUGUUCAUUACGAUCCAAGUCGCCAAAAUCAUUCAAAGUUUGAAGAAGAGGUUAAGAAAAGAAAAAUAGAGAUGAGGCUACACCUGAGACGGAGGAUGUCGGAUGACGCUGAACUUUUUUCCUUUUUUUCUCAAUCGAAACAAUUGAAAGAUGUAAACUGCGAGAAUAAAGAAGGAAUGAAAAUUGACGAAUGGAAAGGUCCUGUUAAUCUUUCACUGCCAUACGACAGCAGCGAGAGUGAAUCAGAUGAUGACUCAGCAUGCUCUUCAAAGUCUUUCACAGUGAAAACUAAAACUUUUUUAUUUUACAAUCCAAAAAACAGAAAAAUGUUGGAGUCCUUGCAAGCUGAGAGUUCGUCUUUUGUAAGAAAAGAAUCAGUUGAAAGUCUCACUCAGUAUUGGGUAAAAACGAGAAAAGAACUGACUCAGGAUUACAAGAAAAAGAGAAAGGAUGCUUUAAGAAAACGCAAGAGAUUUACAAGAAAAACAUAAGCUGAAAUCCAUGUUUGCACCUGCAUCUGAAGGCCCCGGGCAAGUUUUCACAAAUGUGUUCACAUCCACCAUUGUUGUUUGAACACUCGUCAACAUCAAGACAUGCUGUUCGAUUGGGAUUUUGGACAUAGCCUUUGUCACAAGCACAUUUGAAUCUAAAUGAAGAGGACAUAAAGUAAAUAAUGAUUGUUUUAUGUUAUAAACACGUAUGAAUAUUCACUAACCCUCCAGCUACGUUGAUGCACACAUGGCAAUUUGGGACUCCAAAUGCGCAUUCGUCUUUGUCGUCACAUUUUUUAGGAUUCAGAUAGGAUUGUACAUAACCAUGUUUACAUGAACAUUUGUAGCUUCCGUGAGUGUUCUGACACAAAUGUUCGCAUCCAUGAUUACUCUUCUGACAUUCAUCAAUAUCUGAAAUGUUUUCAUUAAAACAAAUUGUUUCUAAUUUGCAAAGAUGAUGAAGCCUUAUGAAACUCUAUUGACAAGCUAUCAACUCAUUUUGUCACUUAUAUUCAAGAUGAAAAAGCUACCUUCACAAGUAUUUUUCAAGUUUCCUUUGACAAAUCCAGCACGGCAUUCACAUCUGUAGCUACCAACUGUAUUAACGCAGAUACCAUCACAAAUUGAGCUUUUUGCACAUUCGUCGACGUCUAAGUUGUAAAAAAUAAUGAUAAUUUUUAUUAAAAGAACAAGAUCUUC